GAAUCAACCGCCUUGAAUCCUUUUUGCAAGUUAUUGUGGGGAUUCUUUUUUGUUUUUCCGAUACAUAUUGUGAAAUUAUGAUUUUCUCAUGGUGCGGUCGUAAUAUAUUUGUGCGGUUGAUUUCUUUGAACGUUGCUAGAAAGUGUAAACUGUUGAUCCCAAAAUAAGUUGCUAUAGAAAUGAGUUGCAUCUCCUUAUUUACUGGAAUUCUGAUUGAAAACUGGACCUUUCUCCGCUCACAAACGUUCGCAUUGUUUUAAACUGUUGGUCUAGACAAAACCUAAUCAACCAGAAUAUCCCACAACGAUUUUAUUACAAAGAUACAAAAUGCAAGUAGAUGAUCCCCCAUAUUUGGCAGUUGGCACAGCUGUGAGUGCAAAAUACAAGGGGGCUUUCUGCGAAGCAAAAGUUCAUAAAUUAGUGAAAUGUGUAAAGUGCAAGGUCACCUUCAAAUCAGGCUUAGGAACUGCAACAGUAUCUGAUACUGACAUUAAAGGUAGCCUCCGUGUUGGACAAGUGGUCCAGGUAAAACAUCCCACCAAUGCUAAGGAUUAUGUGGAAGCAACAAUUACCAAAAUGCAAGAUUGCAGCCAAUACACUGUUGUGUUUGAUGAUGGGGACAUAACAACUUUGAGGAGGACAGCUUUGUGUUUGAAAAGUGGAAGGCAUUUUAAUGAAAGUGAAACUCUGGAUCAACUUCCUUUAACAAAUCCAGAGCAUUUUGGCAAUCCUGUGGUAGGAGGCAGACGUGGUCGGAGGAAUAGACAUUUGAAGGAGGACAGCAGCGAGGGAGAACCUGAAGAAGAAAAUGAACCAGAUCUUGAAGGCUAUAGUGUCGAUAUUGGACGAGUUAAAAUGUACGAGCAGACAGAUAAGAAGAGAAUUAAAGACAGUUGGUUCCCAGGUUUGGUCGUCAUACCAAGUUCUACAUCCACCACAGGAAAAAUAAAUGUUAAGGAGGAGUACCUCAUUAGAUCUUUUAAAGAUGGGAGAUACUAUACGGUUCCCAAAAAGGAAACGCGUGAUUUCCAUAGAGAAGAAGAAAUUAAAAGUGAUAGUUCACAAAUACUUACCGAAGCGGUUCAUAAAGCCUUGCGAUAUUUGGAUCACAAUGAGCUGCCUGUUCAUUGGGAAAGAAGCUCCUUAUUUAAUACACAGACCAUGGAUAGUGAUUCAGAAGAUAUUCUUUCAGAUAGCUCAGAUGAUGAACCAUCAGAAGAAAAAGAUUUGUUUGUUGCUCAGUUAUACAAGUUUUUGGAUGAUUCUGGAACACCUUUAAAUAAAACUCCUUCAAUAAGUGGUAAAGACAUAGAUUUGCACAGGCUGUUCAGAAUUGUUCACAAGUUGGGCGGAUAUAACCGAGUCAACAACAAAACUAAAUGGAAAUCUGUUACCACAGUCUUGAAGUUACCUUGCAAUCAAAAUACCUUUAAUCAGGUUAAGAGUGUUUAUAAGAGAUGUUUGUUGAGUUACGAAAAUUUUAAUCGUGCUCUGGGUGUCACCAUGCUUAAUCACACAAGAUCAACUAAGAAAAGUGGUGGUAGAUCUCUUAUAAGGGAUAAGGAUAGAGCAACACCUGUUAACAGUCCAAGGCCAGAAAAAGAGGAUGAGUUUGAGAAAAAGGAGGAACCUAAACCAGCUCCCUCAGAGACCAAAAAUAAAAGGAAGAGUGAUGUGAAGAAAGAUGACGAUAAAAAGAAGAAAGAAAACGAGACAAGUGAUACUAACAGUAGCAGUGAUGCAACUGAUCAAUCAGAGUCAACAGGAACUUCAAAGGAUGUCAGAAGACCCAAAAGAGCUGAUGUCAAAGGCAGUAGUCAAAAGAAAGGAAAAUCAGUUGCAGGAGAAAAAGUUAGAGCUUUGGUGGAUAAAUUUGAAGAGCAACAAAAGAAGGAAGCAGAUGAUAAGGUACAGCAGCAAACAAGAUCCAAGUCAAAUUCAAAAAUUAAAGAACCAGUAACACCUGAGAAAAAGCCAGAAUUGAAAACCACCAAAGAACCUAGUGUUCCCAAGGGUACACCAUCUACAAAAAUUAAGAAGUCGUCUGAUGAUGACAAGAAAAAGGCAAGUAGCAGCAGAAAACGUAAUAUGGAUGAGAAAAUCGAUCCGGAGUCUGCAACUAUACCAAACGUGAACAUUGGGGACAAAUUAAAAGUGUAUUAUGGUCCAACUCAUGAAAGCAAAGUGACUUAUGAAGCUAAAGUUAUUCAAAUUGGAAAAGAUGGCACAGGCACCAUUUACCUAGUACACUACACUGGAUGGAACACAAGGUAUGAUGAGUGGAUUGCACCAGGAAGGAUUGCGGAGAAUUUAAGUGCAUCAUCCAAAGCUAAAAGAUUGAAACAAGGUCACACGCCUUCGUCGAAAGCUUCGACAGCUUCAAGUACAAAUUCUUCACAUAAAGUGGCAGCUAAAAGAGGCAGAGGACAAUCAAUCUCUGGAAAAAGUGCGGAAAUACCAAGAUCCACCACUCCAUCUAGUGUUACGUCGUCAAGUAGUAGAACGAAGAGUCCUGCAACUCCUGCUACUAGAUCCGCUAGUAGGUCACAAGUUAAACUUGACAAAAUAAGAAGUACUCGCAGAACAUCAGGUCAGACUGACAUUUCUAAUCAUUCUGAGUCGGAGAGUGAAGCAUCUGAUAGUGAGCUAGAGGAAACAACUCGCACACGAACUACAUCAGUAAAGGUAGAAGAACCCGAGGUUAAAACUUACAAAAGAAAAAUUAUAAAGCCUCCCUCUACCCCAAAGGUGGAUAAACGGAAGGAAAAGGACGAUGAUGAUACGGAAAAGGAGGAAGAUACAACUGAUAAAUUCAUUAAAAGAACAAGACGCAUUAAGAAGGUGUCAGAAAAAUCUGCUGAUGAAAGCGAUGACGACAGCGGAAAUCCCCCUAAAGGAAGAGAUUUUGAUUUGAAUCAAAUAAGAUCUGAAUUAAAAGGUUUUUCAAAACCUAUUCCUGCAAAUGAAAUUUCAGAAAAAGACGCCAUAUCAUCGUCGGACGAUUCCACCAACUUACCACCUGAGAAGCCGGAAGAGGAAACGGAGGACAGGAGAGAAAAGUCCAUUGAAAAAACCACAGACAAUUCGGACGACAUUUAUGAAUUUAAAGAACCUGAACCAUUUGAGUUUGAGAGUAGGAGCAAACUUACUGAUGAAAAGAAUAAUAAGAAACGAUUGGUUUCGCGACUAUUUGAUGAUGUGGAGAAGUCGCCCAAGAAAAAAUCUCCCGUGAAAGUUGAAAUGAAAGAAGAUAGUCCGGAAUUAGAUAAGAAACGAUUCCAACAACAAAAGAGUCCCGUAAAAUCUCAAGAAUCUGAUAAAGAAGCUAGAAGAUCUGAAGAUCCAUUUGAUACAUUGGUUCAGUCUCCCUCAUAUAAUUAUAUCAAAACUUCUGACAAAAAUAUAUCUGAUAUAAAGCCCAGUGCUGUUAGAAAUUUGCAUGCUACUGGAAUGGGAGAACUGUUUAACGACUUAAAUGAUACUGUUGAUGACUAUAGUACUGGUGAUAUGGAAUUAUCAGACAGUGAAUCUCAAAUGCCAAACAUAUUUUCAGGGUCAUCUACAAUAUUUCACGAGUCGUUUUCUAAACCAUCUCCUGAUCCAAACACAAUGGAUAUGGACUUCUCCAGCGGUAAAACCGACGAAUGUAAGAAAGAUAGUGAUGACGAUGAUAAUAUUAGAGCCCAGGUUCAGAGGUUGAUCAAUCAAAGUUCCUCAACUGAUGAUGAUAGCAAUGAACCGCUUGUGAUAACACGUAGCACUUCGAGUUAUCAAGCUAAGAAGCGAGAAAUUGAUUCCAAACCAUUGUCAACAAUUUUAGGCAUUCCCUCCACGUCCAGUUCUGCAGGUGUGUUUAAAGAGAAAGAGGAAGAAAUGGAAAUGGAUCCUCCAUUACGAGAACCAUCUCCAAUGGAUUUAGAACCAGCACCUUUGGAAGAAAAGCCCAUCAUGGAGCAGUCAGUUUUCGUGCCCAUCAAACCGUCGCCACCCAUACAAAUUUCACCUGCGUUGCAAGAAACUGAUAGUUCUUUAUUAGAAUCUAUUGUCAGUUCUCCAGUUCUUGCUGCAAAAUUGGAUGAACCUACUAUUGAGUUUGGUGUGAAGAAAUCUAGCGGCUCUAAGAUUGCUGAUUCUAUUCUUCAGAAAUUUAACUCCAUCAAGAAAAUGGAGGGAAAAAGUCCGAAGAGAGAAUCAGACGAAGGCGACUCCAAAAAGGAUGCUGACUCUGUCAAGGAAGAAAUAAAGCCCAAGAUCAAUCUUGAGCUGAAACAAAAACCAACAAGUGACCUGAAUCUAGAUGACAUUAAACCCAUAAAAAGCUUGAGUGACAUGAAAUCUAAGCCGUUGCUGGAUUGCAAACCUUCGCGGCCUCUUAUGGAUUUUAAACCCAAAAUGCAUGAACAUAAAUCCAAGCUAAAUCCCAUUGAAGUUAAAGUGGAGACCAAACCAAAACUGGAGGUAAAGAACAAUGCUUCACCAGUGCCGAAAAUGGAUAACGUGAUUGAUGUCAAGAAACGCCGGAAGAACUUGAGCAAGCAGUACAUUGAGGAAUCUGAUACAGAUAGUUCCGACUCCGAACAAUUGGUGAUUGCUCGGUCGGAUGAAGAUUCCCAAAGUAAUUCAAUGGAAAACAAAGCUGAUACGAAAGAAAGUGAUAGUAACAUAUCUCAGUUACCGACCACCGACGACUCCCAGUCGCAAGAUCCUUCAGUAGAAGAACGGAACUUCAAAUUCGAUAAUAAAGCUGAGUCGUCCAAUAUCGGAGAAUUUGCAAAAGAAGUGGAACUAAAGGAAGAACCGGAACCUCCCAAGGAUGAAGAACCCGAUCAAAAUUUCCACUCGUUGCUACUUUGCGAGGAGACCAUUCCAAGAAGUCCGGCACCUGUACCGGAACCUCAGGCUGUAGAUGAUGUGAAACCAGCCAAACCUGUCCUAGAGAUGCCGUUUGCUAGUGCUCCAGGUACCAGUAAUUGCAAAAGUGUCAGCAAUAUGCUUCUGGACCAGCAGCAGCAGCAACCGAAAUUGGUUGUUUCGCCGAAACCUCAAGCGGCUCCUGUAAAUAUUGUAGUGCCUGUGGAAAGAGAAAUCGUACGGGAGAACCGGGGCGAUGCAUCGGUGGUAAUGGAUAAUACACCACCAACCACCCCUGAGAGUACUAUUAGUAAUCUUUCACCAAGGGGUGAAAAUGGUGGUUUAUCACCCAAUGCUGCGGAUAACGAAAGUUGCAAAUCUAACGAUAUUGAUCCCGACUAUUCGCUACAUAGAAGAAAUUCUUCAAAUAAAGUAACAGCUUACAGUGAAGAAGACACUCAAAUGACAAGUGAAGCUGGGGGAUCCAAAAAAAGGGAUGAGAUGCCAGGUUCAACUAAAAAACGGAGGCGUUCCUGCAGAACGGAGGAUGUACCCGUUAAACGCGGGAGGAAACCUCUGAAUCGAACAAGGCACAAUAGUGAUAGUGAUGAUACCUCUGAACAUUCAAUAAAUAGCACGAACAUGGGAUCGUUUGAUAUCUCUGAAAGAACACCGAGGCCCACUCGGUACAAUUUCCUUGUAGAAUUAGAUGACAGUAUGGAUAGUGUUCAACGGAUAGCCAUGCUGCAGCAAAAGAUGGCCGAACUUCGCAAAACAUACGCUGACGUUAAAGCUGAGCUGGCAAUCGUCGAAAGACGAAGAAAAAAGAUCAGGAGGAGAGAGAGAGAAGGUAAGAAGUAUACCAAGUUGAGGGCUAAGAUAAACGACAUUAUUGGCCAUUCACCUCGCGCUGAUAAUCGCUUUGAAAUCGGACAUUCAAACUGACGAAGACAGAAACACCUAGGCUAGUUGUAGUACUUGAAGACUUUAGAAAAGAGUAAAACAAAUUGGGGAGAAGACUUUGUUAUGGACCAUGUACAUAAUGCAGGUGACCUGCAACGAAUUCUUUUGUAUAUAUUGAUUACCAGUGAUGUAAAUAUUAGCGUUCUCUUUAAAUUAUCAAUUUGCACAUAAUAUACACUAACAUUUAUCUCUUGUAGAAGUAAAGGGAUUAAUUAUUAAAACAAAUUCUCUUCUAUCGACACAUCUCGCGUUAAUUUAAUGGCAUUUACAUCACUGGUCACUUGAAGUGUUUGAUUUACAGCACUGAAAGCAUCAAAACAAGAGGCGACCAGUACCUGAUCUAAAUGAAACCACCAACCAACCGCUCUUCCAAACGUCACUUGUCGAGUUUCACGCGUCCGCAGGGAGACGUCUGCUGCAAGCAGGAACGAGUCGCAUAGAUGUUAACUUGUUCUGUCUCCAAGAUUUACCAAGAAAGCAAGUCUCAUCGACACUAAAAAUUAUUUGGAAUUGAUCUAAGUCAGUUCGAUUAUAAAUUUUUGUAUAAAAUCUUGAAAUUCAGGCAGUAUUUCUCCUGGUUUUACAGGAAUGUAAUCUAAAUUAUUUUGUAUAUUUUAGUAUUGAAAAAUGUCCACACUUGCUAUCUUUGUGAUUCUGUUGACGUGAGUAUUUUGUCUCUUCUUAGUUGUACAAAUAUUUCUACAGCCUGUUAAAAGGCAACUGUUUUAUAGUUAUAAAAAUAUUAAUGUGUUAUAAAUGAUUAAUUGUGUUCAGAUUUCCAAUCAAUGUAAUGAGUCGUGACUUAUUAAUUAUGUAUAUCAAAAUCGUCUUUUUAGUUUAAUACCUGUAUGGACAAGACUGAUUCCGUCUUAUGUUUGUUGGUACUUGUGUUUAGGUUAUUAUUGAUACAAUUUAAUUUUAUAUAAUUUAAGAUUUGUGUAAUGAUCUCAUUUUCAUAUUUCUGAAUUUAGUUUAGUUUAAAUUCAAUUCAACUUUAAAAAUUGAUUUAUGACGAUUUUGAUAUCUUUAAUAUGAAUAUUUUAAGCAAUUGAUUUGAUUUCUGAGUACAACUUUAUAGAUGUUAAUUUAGAAGUGUUACUUUGAAAAUUACAUUAAAAAAUGUAAAAUAAAUUGCAAUCAAACAUAUGUCCGUAUUUAUUUCUUUUGUAAAUAACAUGUUUAUUACAAUGAUUUGCAAGUUUUGCCACCACAUUAUUGUAAGAUAGAUAAGUAUAUUCGAUUUUUAUGCAAAAAUUGUGUAUAUUUUGAAGUAUAUUUAAUUUACCGAGCUAACGACUUUAUAAGAGGAAAGUAAAUUAAAUAUGCUAAAAGUUGGGGCAAUAUUUUUAUAUUGAUUUUAUUUAUUAGAAUAAAUAGAUUAAAAAAUA